AUGCAUCUGUUUCGCAUAAUAGUCCUCAUCGCGACGACCCUACCAGUCGUGCGUGUCGCUGGAGAAUCAGAUUCGAAACUACCAGCCCUGCCUCGGUGCGCUCUUGCGUGCAAGCAACAAGUGCUCGUUAAUCACACAUCUUCAUGCUCGACCACCGACACGACAUGUCUCUGCUCUGAUACCCAAUAUCAAACUGCUCUUGCCGACUGUGCCAUGGUGAGCUGUUCCGUUCGAGAAGCGUUAACGGCCAAAUUUGUGGAGUCCCGCCAAUGCAACAUCCCUAUCCGCCGGCGCUAUGCUGUAGCAGAUGCUGGCACGAUUAUACCGUUCGUAUUCGCCACUGUUCUCGUCAUGAUCAGGAUCACUGCCAAAUCCAUGCGUCUGGGAGGUGGCUGGGGUCCUGAUGACUUCACUAUUGUUGCUUCAUAUGCAUUGGCAAUAGUGGUAUUCUCACUAAAUAUUUCAAUGGUCCGUUAUGGCUUCGGUAUGAAUAUAUGGGACAUUUUCCCACUAGACAAUAUCACCAAAGCAUACAAGUAUUUCUACGUCUUCAUCCUAGCAUACAAAGGCCUCAUAUCUCUCGCUAAGAUUUCCGUCUGCCUGUUCCUACUACGAAUCUUCCAGUCCAACAUAUUCCGCUACACCGCGUACACUAUGAUUGGAAUUAACUCUGCUGUCGCUAUCAGUUGGAUCAUAGUGGAUGCUUUCCACUGCGUUCCCGUUCAUUUAGCAUGGACGGGCUGGCAAUACCCAGAACAAGGGAAAUGCAUCGACUUCAACGCCGCGACCUUCGCCAAUGGCUUUGUCAACAUCGCAGUCGACACGAUCAUGGUGAUUAUGCCUGUCUACGAAAUCAUGAAGUUGACCUUGUCUUUUCGCAAAAAGAUAGGUGUCGCUUUUAUGUUUGCUAUUGGCUUGGUGUUGGCUGCCAUCGGGGUUAUCCGUGUGAUUGUCUUCUCCUACAAUAGUUCAUCUGCAAAUCCCACAUGGGACAUGCAAGCCCUCAACCACUGGUCCGUAAUCGAAUGCCAAGUCGCCAUAAUCUGUGCCUGUCUACCUGCAACUCGAGUCUUCAUCGCACACAUCUUCCCUGGUGUAUUCCAGUUCACAACCGGCCAUGUUUCAAGUUAUCAAUCGCAGCCGUGCCGGCCCAGACAAACGCGACAUCUAAAUGAAACCAGCCGCAUUUCACAGAAGAUCUCAUAUACAGUUGAUUAUAGCGAUGAGCGGGGCGAAUCGAGGAGUUCUGUGCAGCUUGUAGAUGUUGAAAUGGCGAAGCAUCAAAUUAAUUGAAUGAAGAAAUGGGAUGGGAUUGUUACGUUAUGUUUUAUUGGAAUGUUGGUGGGAGUUUUUUUUUGGCUUUUAUCUGGGUAUGUACUGUACAUAUUUCCUUUCUUCCUUCGCAGGGUUUUAUAAUUGGUUAGGCUUGUUGUAUAUUUAUAACUGUAAUACAUU